AUGAGCGUCCCCCGCAGCCUGCUCGCCCGCGCGCGCCCAUCUCGCGCGGCCUCUGCUACCCCACAAUGUUUCGCAGCGACGCCAGCGCAGCCUUCCUGGUGCGUUGCAAGACCCCAGUGGAACCACGCUGUUCGCUCCAUCCACCGGCAAUCUCCGCGCAAAGCCCAGCAUACCGCUGCUGCUCGCGAAGCCGAGUCGUCGAAUCCCGCCCUCUCGUUUCCCUGUCUCGACGCCCAUGAGUCUCGCUCGGCCUCACUCUCCAGGAAACGAUCCUCGUCGGGCCCGGAGCCCUCGUAUACGUCUGGCCACACGCUCAACUUCCACUCGACCCACCCAAUGCUGCUGGACUGGGGCGGCAUACUGCCAGAGUUCAACGUUGCCUACGAGACAUGGGGGCAGCUCAACUCCACCAAGACCAAUGCCAUCCUCCUCCACACGGGCUUGUCAGCAUCGAGUCAUGCCCAUAGCACCGACAUGAACACGAAGCCAGGAUGGUGGGAGAAGUUUAUCGGGCCCGGAAAGCCGCUGGAUACUGACAAGUACUUUGUCAUUUGUACAAAUGUAAUCGGCGGAUGCUACGGCUCCACUGGGCCUUCCUCGAUAGACCCUGCGAAUGGCCAGCGCUACGCCACGAGAUUUCCCAUCCUCACCAUGGAGGACAUGGUGCGCGCCCAGUUCCGCCUGCUGGACAAUAUGGGCAUCCAGAAGCUGUACGCCAGUGUGGGCUCGAGUAUGGGCGGCAUGCAGAGCUUGGCUGCCGGCACCCUGUUCCCAGAGCGCGUGGGCCGUGUGGUGAGCAUCAGCGGGUGUGCGCGCAGCCAUCCCUACAGCAUCGCCAUGAGGCACACGCAGCGACAAGUGCUCAUGAUGGAUCCCAACUGGGCCCGUGGCUUCUACUACGACGGCAUCCCUCCACAUGGCGGCAUGAAGCUGGCUCGAGAAAUCGCCACAGUCACGUACCGAAGCGGCCCAGAAUGGGAGCAGCGCUUUGGGCGACGGCGCGCAGACCCUUCGCGGCCACCGGCCCUGUGUCCAGACUUCCUCAUCGAAACCUAUCUCGACCACGCAGGCGAAAAGUGGUGUCUGGAAUACGACCCCAACAGCCUGCUCUACGUCUCCAAAGCCAUGGAUCUGUUCGACCUUGGCCUGGAACACCGCACUCGCAUCAACCAAGUGCGCAAGGCAAACAGCGGCAAGUUGCAGGCAUAUCUCGACGGACAGGACAUCACGGCCCAUGGCAGCAGUGACGUCUGUAGCCUAACAUUGCCCGAUGAACCUUAUGAGGAGAAGGAACAGCCCGUUGAGCCUGACUCGCUCGCACAGACAGACGGCAAUGAGCCGCCAGCAGACCUAGUGGCGGGACUAAGACCCAUGGCCAAUACCCCAACACUGGUUCUCGGUGUUGCUAGCGACAUCUUGUUCCCCGCUUGGCAGCAGAAGGAAAUCGCGACGACGCUCAAGCGCACGGGCAACAAGAAUGUCACGCAUAUCGAGCUGGGCGAGGAAAAGAGCUUGUUUGGCCAUGACACUUUCCUGCUCGACCUUCAAAACGUCGGCGGCGCUGUUCAAAACUUCUUGGGCUAA